GAAUAUAAAGAAUGUGCCAUGUUAAUAGCAAUUGCAUGUCUUAUUCUUUCUUUGGCCGCUCUCCAUUUUCUCUAUAUACACAGUGAGAGAGAGAGAGAGAUAACUGUUCCAUUUCAAUGGCGGACGCCACUGACAGAGACGACCGUACACCUCAUAUCCUCAUCGUGCUCUACCCAGCGCAGGGCCACAUCAAUCCGAUGCUCCAAUUCUCUAAGCGCCUGCAAAAAAGAGGACUCAAAAUCAGCCUCGUCACAACCAAUUUCAUCGCUCGCACUUCUCACUCUAUUCCUUCUUCUUUCCCCCUCCUCACUAUCUCCGACGGCUACGACGACGGCGGUUUCGCCUCCGCUGAGAGCGCCCAAAUCUACCUCGAUUCCCUCCGCCAAUUCGGAUCUGAGUCGCUUCGGGAGGUCCUACUGCGGCUCUCCACCUCUGCUUCCCCUGCGGAUUGCGUCGUCUACGACAGCUUCCUCUCUUGGGCUCUCGAUAUCGCGAACGAGUUCGAGAUCAGUACGGCGGUGUUUUUCACUCAAUCUUGCGCCGUCGCUGAUAUUUAUUACCACGUUUACAAAGGAUUAAUCGAGUUACCUCUUCCGGAUAGAGCGAUUGAGAUUCCUGGUUUGCCGCCGCUACAACCGCCGGAAUUUCCGUCGUUUAUACAUCAAUUAGGAACAUAUCCAGCGUAUUACGAUCUGCUUGUGAACCAGUACGCGAACGUCGAUAAAGCCGAUUGGAUUUUCUGCAAUACGUUUUACGAAUUGGAGAGAGAGGUUUUGGAGUGUUUGAAGAGAAUAUGGCCGGCGAUUAGGGCGGUUGGACCGAGUAUUCCUUCAGGAUUCUUGGACGGCCGGAUCGAAGACGACAGAGACUACGGGUUCAGCCUCUUCAAUCCAGACGGCGAUGUUAGCCUGAAGUGGCUUGACGGCCGCCGGAAAGGGUCGGUGGUUUAUGUGUCGUUUGGGAGUUUAGGGAAGGUACCGGCGGAGCAAAUGGAGGAGAUGGCCGGCUGUUUGAAGAGCAGUGAUUGGCAGUUUCUGUGGGUGGUCAGAACAUCGGAUGUGGAGAAACUUCCAAAGAAUUUUAUGGCAGAGACGAGGGAAAGAGGGCUGGUGGUUCGGUGGUGUCAGCAGUUGGAGGUUCUAGCGCACGAAGCAGUGGGAUGUUUCGUGACACAUUGUGGCUGGAACUCCACACUGGAGGGAGUCAGUUUGGGAGUUCCGAUGGUGGCAGUGCCAGGAUGGACUGACCAGGCUACAAAUGCCAAGUUCAUCACUGAUGUUUGGAAAGUAGGCCUCAAAGCUCCGACUAACGACAAUGGAGUUGUGAAUCGAGAAGCUCUAUUGCAAUGCAUAGAGGAAGUGAUGGUCGGAGACAAAAGCAAUGAGAUUAGACAAAACGCCGGCAUAUGGAAGGUGUUGGCCCAACAGGUGUUUGAAGCUGGCGGAAGCUUCGACGGAGUUGUCCAUGAAUUUCUCACUAAAAGGGUUAGUCUUUUUUAAUAAACAGUUCUUCAAUGAACUUAACUUUUUUAAUGUCAAUUUUAUUAGAUGAAAUAAUAAAGGUUUAAAUACUACUUUCAUAUUUAUA